AUGUCCCGAGACAGCGACGCACACAGCACCAAGGCGGACUCGACUGCCAAGGACAGUCUCGAUGCCAAGCUGGACACCAAACACAUCGAGGUUGCGGAAUCGACGCCCGGGUCGGAUCCCAAUGCCCUCGCAACCAGUGUCGCUGACAUCCCCAUCACCUGGUUUGUAUGGCUAGUGGCCUUUACAGCCUCAAUCGCUGGUAUGCUCUUCGGCUACGACACGGGUAUCAUCUCCGGGGUCCUUGUCGUUCUACACAACGAUCUCGACGGUCGGCCCACGACCAGCUCAGAGCAGGAAAUGAUCACAUCACUCUGCUCUGGCGGAGCGUUCAUCGGCGCCAUCUUUGCAGGAAACACCGCUGACCGCUGGGGCCGCAAAAUGGCCAUCUACCUCGGCUGCGUACUCUUCGUCGUUGGCUCGAUCCUGCAGGCCACCGCGUACACUAUCAUCCAGAUGGCCGUCGGCCGCGCCGUCGUCGGCCUGGGCGUCGGGUCCGCGGCGAUGGUCGUGCCACUCUACAUCGCCGAGAUCGCGCCGGCCCGAGCCCGCGGCCGCCUGAUCGGCCUGAACAACAUGUCCAUCACCGGCGGGCAGGUUAUCUCCUACGCCGUAGGGGCAGCCUUUAACAACGUCAGCCACGGGUGGCGCUACAUGGUCGGGCUGGGCGCGCUGCCGGCGAUCAUCCUUGCCGUGCUGAUGCCCUUCUGCCCGGAAUCCCCGCGGCACCUGGUGUACUACGGGCGAUUUGAGGAGUCACGCGCCGUGCUCCGGCGCGUCUACGGCGCCACCGCCACAGAGAACCAGAUCGACGCGCAACUCGACUCGAUCCGGGUCGCGUGCGACGAGGCGCGCGAGCUCGCGGACACGGGCAGCGGGUGGUCAAAGAUCGUGCAGCUGCACACAGUCCCGCGCAAUCUGCGGGCGUUGGUGUGCGCGUGCGGGCUGAUGGUGAUCUCGCAAAUGUCCGGGUUUAACGCGCUGAUGUACUACUCGUCGACGCUGUUCGCGCUGGUGGGGUUCGACAACUCGACGGCGGUCGGGCUGGUGGUGGCGGGCACGAACUUCAUCAUGACGGGGGUGAACAUGUUCGUGGUCGACACGAUGGGCCGGCGGCGACUGCUGCUCUCGACGGCGUGGGGCAUGGCGGUGGGCCUGGUCGCCGUGGCCGUCAGCUUCCACUUCAUCCCCGUGGACAUGGAGACGAUGGAACCGCUGGGCAGCGGGGUGAGUGCGGCGGCGAUCGUCGUGCUGGUCUUCAUCAUCUGGUUCGUCAUCUUCUACGGCGUGUCGGUGGGCAACACCGCGUGGAUGAGCACGGAUUUCUUCGCGCUCGAGGUCCGUGCCAUGGGCACCAUGUGGAUGACCUGCUCCAACUGGGGCAGCAACGUCAUCGUCUCCAGCACCUUCUUGUCCAUGGCCAAGGCCAUGACGCCCUCCGGCGCCUUCGGCUUCUACGCCGCGAUCUGCGGCAUCGCCUAUGUGUGGAUCUACUUCUUCUACCCUGAGGUGUCUGGUCUGGUCCUCGAGGAGGUCCAGGAGGUGUUCGAGCAUGGCUUUGGGGUCAGUUACGCGAGACAGCUGCGAAAGGAGAGGAAGGAUAUCAUUGAGGAGAGGCUGAAGAGCGCGGACAGACCGGUCCCAAUGGGACAUUAA